UUUCGAAUCCGAAACCUUUGUCUCCGUCGCCACCAUGCCGCAAGGAGAUUACAUAGAACGUCACAGAAGGGACUAUGGCUACCGCCUCGACCAUUUCGAGCGCAAGCGCAAGAAGGAGGCUCGCCAAGUUCACAAGCACUCUCAAAUGGCGCAAAAGGCUAUUGGUAUUAAGGGUAAGAUGAUUGCUAAGAAAAACUAUGCUGAGAAGGCACUGAUGAAGAAAACUUUGGCUAUGCAUGAAGAGUCAACAUCUAGGCGUAAGACCGAUGAUAAUGUUCAGGAAGGUGCUGUUCCUGCAUAUCUUCUUGAUCGUGAAAAUACAACUAGGGCCAAGGUUCUUAGCAAUACCAUUAAGCAAAAGAGGAAGGAGAAGGCUGGGAAAUGGGAUGUUCCUCUACCGAAGGUACGUCCUGUGGCUGAAGAUGAAAUGUUCAAAGUGGUUCGGUCUGGUAAAAGAAAGACCAAGCAAUGGAAGAGGAUGGUCACCAAAGCUACUUUUGUUGGGCCUGGCUUUACCAGAAAACCACCAAAAUAUGAGCGAUUCAUUCGUCCAACUGGACUUCGGUUCACUAAAGCUCAUGUCACUCAUCCAGAGCUUAAAUGCACCUUCAAUCUGGAAAUAAUUGGGGUGAAGAAAAAUCCCAAUGGCCCUAUGUACACCUCCCUUGGUGUCAUUACCAGGGGUACUAUAAUCGAGGUGAAUGUCAGUGAACUCGGUUUGGUCACACCAGCAGGGAAAGUUGUUUGGGGUAAAUAUGCCCAGGUUACUAACAACCCAGAAAACGAUGGUUGUAUAAAUGCCGUUUUGCUUGUUUAAGGCUAUAUAAUAUUAAGGAUUGAAUUUCCAACAUGGCUUCAAAAGCAUUGUUCAAGACCCUGCUAUGUUGUGUGGAGAAUCUUGGCCUUGUAUCAAUGACUGUAUCCAUGAUCAAUUUUUCCAGAGUUACUAACUUUUUUGGUAUGAGAUUUUUGUCCGGGAAAAUAUUUAAAGUUUCUAUAGUGUCUCUUGGUUGGACUACUGACAUAGUGUACUUAAGAUUCAGACAAGUCAUGUACCUUUUAAGGAGCUCAUGUGAAAAAUGUUGAUAUUAUUUUGAUUAAGCUAUUCAAAUUUAUAAUUUCUCCUUUUGGCA